AUGUGGAAAAGAAUCCGCUCCCAUGUCUCGCCCAAAAAUGAAGUACCGGAGUUCUUAGCCACAUCCGCCGCGAAUGCUCGUCGUCCUCUCGCAAACACCCCAUCCGGCCCCCAAAGAGGGAGAACCCUUGCUGCAAACGAUGCACAAGAAGCGGAGAUGGCAACGCGAGGACCUAGUCCAUUCUCAUCCUACCACGUGGAGAGAUCUGGCGCGGAGCAAGGGCCAACCGAUGAGCUUGGGUUGCACGUGGUAUAUCGACCGUCAUCACCCGCGCCGCUAGACAUCAUAUUUGUUCAUGGCCUCGGAGGCGCUAGUCACAGGACGUGGUCAAAAAAUCAAGACCACAACCUCUUUUGGCCACAGCAAUGGCUGCCGCUCGAGCCGGAUAUCUGUUCGGCAAGAAUACUCACCUUCGGGUACAAUGCGAAGUUCCGCUCGGGCGGCCCCCAAAAUAUGAACAUAGCAGAUUUUGCAAAGGAUCUGUUGUAUGAGAUGAAAUUCGGAAAGGAUAUAGAUACGGAAGAUCUUGGGAUUGGGAAUGCCUAUCUGCUCGGACAAAAUGAUGAGAACUAUCGAGACGUUAUUAGAUCGAUAUCUGCAAUAAUGUUUCUCGCUACACCUCACCGGGGCACAGAUCUAGCGGAGUUGCUCAACAGGAUGCUGUUUGUCUCCUUUCAAUCCCCGAAAGAUUUCAUCGUCGACUUGAGCAGGAGCUCUGCAGCGAUCGAAGAAAUUAAUGAGGAGUUCCGCCAUGUUGCGCCGAAAAUCUCCAUUUUCUCAUUUUACGAAACACUGCCUACCCAAGUGGGUCCCAAGAAAGUGAAAUGCGCUGAAGACUUCGGUGGAAAGCCUUCAGUCAAUAGUGAUAUUGGAAUUUCGGCUAGUCUGUACUCACACACGUUACCAACGCCAGGCGUCGCCGAAAGGGAAAACCGUUCAUCGAACGAAGCGAAACUGGUCGAGAAGCUCUUCACAACCAACCAAAGUCUAGAGGACGACUUCGCCUUCCUGCAACAACGCUGGAUGCCAGGCACUUGCGGAUGGAUCUUGUCAGAUCCGAAAUUCAGAACGUGGCUAGAAAAUGCGUCCGGGUCUUGUAUUGCCUGGUUGAAUGCACCUCCUGCAAGCGGAAAAUCCGUACUUGCCACAUAUAUCGUAAAUUACGUGCGCGAAUUGGGCCAUUACUGUCAGUAUUUCUUCAUCAACUUUGGAGAUCCCACCAAACGUUCGCCGGCAGCUCUUCUAAGAUCUAUUGGAUUUCAGAUGGCGGAAGGUAUACCCGCAUUCAGACGAGAAAUGGUCAAGUUGUCACGUGAGGGAGUAACACUUGAGAAGAAGGAUGCUCGUUUCACUUGGCACAAGAUUUUCACCUCGGUCCUCUCCCAGAUGGUCUUGCCUACACCUUUGUACUGGAUCAUAGAUGCACUGGACGAGUCAGAGUCACCAAAAGUCCUGUUGGAACUACUACAAAGUCUCCCCACGUUCCGUACGCCUAUCCAUAUCUUGAUCACUAGCCGAAGAACUCAGUCAUUGUCCCUUGCCUUCAAUAGACUGUCCGUUUCUGUUCCUGUCGACACAGUUCAAAACGACUAUCACGCCGAUAUCAUGUCUGAUAUUCGAGUUUACGUCGAACACGAACUGAAAUUUAUGCGUGGCACGGAAGACCUAAAGUUGCAAGUGACAGAAAGCAUCCUCCAUCGUGCUGAUGGCAAUUUCCUUUGGGUACGCCUUGUGCUGGAGGAAAUUCUUGGCUGUCAUACACAGCAAGCUAUCAUGCAAACAUUGGAAGAGGUACCUGCCGGAAUGGGUGCUUUGUAUCAACGCAUGGAGCUCAGUAUUUCAAACAAUUCGAAGGAAGCAGAUCGGGUCUUAGCAAAAACGCUGUUGAGGUGGAUCGUCUGUGCACAUCAUCCACUGACGUUGAAAGAGCUUUCUCAAGCUUUAAGUCCAGAGUUUCCUGAGUUCUUAGACCUCAAAAGGACGAUCCAAGAUGUUUGCGGGCAAUUCGUUGUCGUCGACCGCAGCUCACACGUCGCAAUGGUUCACAAGACUGCGCGAGAUUAUUUGACUCAGACACCCAGCCUUUAUUUCUUCAUCGACGAGAAGAAGUCUCACGGGGAGCUUUUUGCUAAGACGAUAUCUUUCUUGCUUCGUCCUGAGUUACGUUCUAAACUUGGACGAAAUCAACAAGUUGUCCGCUCCACGGAGCCGUUUUUACUCUAUGCUGCAACGUCACUCACGCACCAUCUUCGGCAAGCCGCCACCACUUCAGAAAGCAUGAUGAAUCAGCUAGUAAAGUUUCUCAAAGGACCUUCUGUACUUACCUGGGUACAUUCGCUAGCCUCGUUCAGUCAGCUGGAAGUGUUGGUAACCACUGCGCGGGUGCUGAGUUGGUUUAGUGGUCUGAAUGGCAAGCUCAAUACUGAGAAAAACCCAUUACUCCACCGCCUACAAGACUUGGAAUUGUUUGAUUUGUGGGCUACUGACCUUGUGAAGAUCGUGGCGAAGUUUGGGAGGCAUCUACUCGAUGAUCCUACCGCAAUAUAUAAGAUCAUUCCUCCACUAUGUCCUCGAAACUCAAUCAUGUCUCGCCAGUUUGGAAGAACCGAAAGCUCAAUACUUGCAAUCUCUGGUAUCUCGCAUACAGCAUGGAACGAUUGUCUGGCGAGAGUAUCUCUACAAAAUGGUGCCAAGGCCUGGAAGAUUACCUGCGCCGGUCGUUAUAUUGCGGUCCUAAGCUCUGUUGGGUCAAUAGUGCUGUGGGAUUCGGUCAGCUUCGAGGAGACCUGUACGUUGCGUCACGCAGAGCUUGUCACGAGAAUGUCUUUCAAUAGCACGUGCGAUAGACUCGUCUCGUACGGCUUCCGAACUACUAAGAUCUGGGCCAUCCCCUCCGGUCAGCUUGUUGCCAAGGUGGCCAAUCCGGCUGAUAGCAAAGCGCUUGCGAUAACAUUUGCACCGAAUGAUACAAUGAUCUUGGUCGCAUCAGAUGACAAGGUCGUCAGGCAUCUCUCUAUCAAUGCUGUCGGAUUAGGUUGGCACAAUCCAGAACCCGACCUAUUAAGAGAGAAUUCGGCGGUGGAGGGAGGUUUUAUCACCUCUCCCUCCUUCAUGGUUUUCAAUGCGGACGCCACUCAAAUUGCUGUAGCAUACAGAGGCUAUCCAUUGUCAAUUUGGGCUACAGAUGUACCCCGAUUACUUGGCAGAUGUAAGCGAGUUGUCAAGGACCGAGCUAAUCAAGCUCGUCCAUCAGUCAGCUGGAUGGCUGUUGAUCGUAUCGCUUGGAAUCCUGUCGCAGACCAACUUGUUGGCCUGUACAAAGAUGGCUGUGUCUUCAAAUGGAGUCCAAGCAGUGACGAGUACCAAGAGGCGCACACGACGGCGGAUGAAGUUCAGGUCAGCCCUGACGGCAAACUUUUCCUAACAAGCGACAGUAAUGGUACAGUCAAAGUCUGGAACCUUGCCUACUUCGCUGCCAUCUAUCAACUCUCCUCGGAAAACCUCGUCAUUGACCUGGCGUUCGGUCCCGAUUGCAAGCGAUUUUACGAUCUCAGGGGUUCUUCUGUCAAUGCCUGGGAACCUAAUUGCCUCCUUCGUGUUUCUGAUACUGAAGAGGCUGCUAGUGACACGGCGAGUGAUUAUCAAACAUCCACUUCCAUUUCUCACGUUUCUGAGGCCUGGGUUGUGUCGAUCGAUCCUAUCAGCGCGCUUGCCGCCGCCCCUGGCAGCCAACUGUACUGCGUGAGCCACGAAAACGGCACCGUGCAUCUAUUCGACAAGACGAGAGGACACCUACUAAUAUUGUCAGAGUCUACCGGUUUCCUCACGACCGAUCAUCUGACCUGGGGUGAAGACGGAAGCCAUGUAGCGGCAGCUGAUCUUGGCGGAAACAUCACAGUGAAGCGUCUGAAUGCUCAGGCUGUUCAUCCUGGAACCACAGAGUUCGAGGUGCAGUCCUUACUCGCCGCGAAGUCCAAACCGACGGUAGGGGGGAUCCAUCAGAUCUUGUUGAAUAGAGAUUCCACAAAGCUUCUGAUAGUCAGCCAAGAUGCUGGUCAGAUCUGGUCAGUUGAGACCGGAAGCGUGGCUUUCUCUGGUGUGCUCGAAAAGGGAGAAAUCCGCAGAUGGAUGAACCUUCCGGGGCAGAGAAACCUUCUUCUAGGAGUAGGCCCUAGAAACUUGGAAAUAGUCCAAUGGGAAGACCUAGCAAAAGUAGCUUCUCUGAAAUAUCCGGAAGACAGGUUCCAAUUCGGCGGUCGGUCGAGUUUUGAUGCCGACGAAAUUACAAACACAUCUAUGAAGCAGCUAUCUUUGACUUCAAGCAUUGGGCUGAAGGAGGAAGUCCACGUCGACAAGGCCAUGCUCACGCAGGACGGCAAAUAUCUUCUCAUUCAGUUGUGCAAGCUUGUCACUCAAGGGAGAAGCACGAAGCGCCUGGUGGCAUUCGAAAAUUCUUUGCUGGCGCGUUCGCAUCACAACAAAUUGCCCGCUUUACUCGAUUGCCUCGAUAUUUCCAACGAGGUGAUGACGAGGAUAGAAGUCCCACUCGGUAUCCUCCCUGGGCAGACACUCGUCUUUCUGGAUAAAGACCUGUGGAUGUGUACACUCAGAAUGAACUCUAUAACGCAUACUAGCGAUUUAAAACGUCAUUAUUUCGUGCCACGAGACUGGGCAAGUACUGAAAGCUUGGAGCAAUGUUGUAUGUUACAAGAUGGGACUUUCCUCUGCCCCAAGGAUGGCGAAGUUGCGGUCAUUACAAGUAGUGUAGGAGUGACAAGCUGGUGA